UUCCUUUAAUAAAUUUUGUUAGAACUACAAUAUCAUAUCUACGUUUUAAAAUUCUAUGAUUGUAAUAAUGAACGAACCAAUAUCGAUACAGAUCUAUAUAGCUCCGUGUAUUGUACACUUUACAAGUGAUAAACGAAAUUUUUCCUUCCUAAAAUUUUUCAAUUAAAUUAUUAUAAUAAAAUCACUGAUUAUUACAUUUAAAUCAAAGGAAAAUUCAUUUAAAGGAAGAAAUACUAAUCACAAGUAAUCAAUUAUUCAAUACCAUUACGUUGUUACAUUUCUUGAAAAAACAAAAUUAAAAUUUUAAAUUAUAGUCCAUUCGUAGUUAUUAGGAAUGGAAAUUAGUAUAAAGAGUAUAUAGUAGUGUGGCAGAGCAUGUGCGAUAACGACGCUACAGCACAACGAAAAAUACACGAUAUUAGGUCGGUUGAAAGUGAUCAAUUUUUUCUCUCAACUUCAUUCAUUAAUACUAAUAUAUAUAAUAAAAAUGGAAUUUCACAUUGAAAAGAAAAAAGAUUUCGAAUUUUUUAUUAAAAGUCUAUUGGCCGGCGGUGUAGCUGGCAUUUGUUCGAAAACAACAGUUGCUCCAUUAGAUAGAAUCAAAAUAUUAUUGCAAGCACACAAUAAUCACUAUAAACAUUUGGGUGUCUUCUCUGGAUUAAAAGAAAUUAUUAAACGGGAAACAAUUUUUGCUUUGUAUAAAGGUAACUGGGCUCAAAUGAUAAGAAUUUUUCCAUAUGCAGCGAUUCAGUUUACUGCAUUUGAAUUUUAUUCCAAGUACUUAAAAUCCUUGUUUGAAAAGCGUAGACAUAUAGAGAAAUUUUUUGCUGGAUCUGCAGCUGGAGUGACAGCAGCAACAUUAACAUAUCCACUUGAUACAAUUAGGGCACGCCUUGCUUUUCAAGUUACUGGAGAACAUCUUUAUACUGGUAUUAUUCAUACAGCUGCUUCAAUUUUUAAGGAUGAAGGUGGUUUUAGGGCGCUAUAUAGAGGGUUUUUACCGACUAUAGUUGGAAUGAUACCAUAUGCAGGUUUUUCAUUUUAUUCAUUUGAGAAAUUAAAAUAUUUAUGUAUGAAGUAUGCACCAAAUUACUUUUGUUCUAAAUGCGAUAGAAACACUGGUGGUCUUGUUUUAACACUACCUGCAAAAGUUAUUUGCGGAGGGUUGGCAGGAGCAGUAGCACAGAGUUUUUCUUAUCCUUUAGAUGUGACAAGAAGACGCAUGCAGUUAGCUAUGAUGAAUCCAGCUACACACAAAUAUAGCUCUAGUAUGCUAUCAACUAUGAAACUAACAUAUAAUGAAAAUGGUAUUAUGAAAGGGCUAUACCGUGGAAUGAGUAUAAACUAUAUUCGUGGUAUACCUAUGGUGGCAGUCAGUUUUACUACAUAUGAAAUUAUGAAGCAACUCCUUAAUUUAGAUACAGGAACAAAAUUAUAAUUUUUGUUAUAUUUGUUAUAGUACUAUAUGUGUAAUGACAAUGACUUAAAUUAUUGCAAUCUAUUCAAUUAGGUAUAAUAUUCUCAUAAAUAUGAUCGCAUAAAAUAGGUACAAUGGCAAUUAAUUAAUUUUAAUCUUGGAAAGAUUGAAAGCAGGCAAAAUGAAUUAUAAAAGUAAGUUAAAACCAGUUAUAGCUGAUAAAAAUGAUAUUAAUCAUGCCAUAAUUGGAGUGGCUAUUGCAAUGACAGCUACUAAAUUUAUGAAAACUGUGAUACGUAUAUAAAAUUAUAAGCGCGCAUAAAUGAUUAAAAUUCAGUUAAUAUUGCAUGAUAUUUUGAAGCAAUAUGAUUAUAGAUACAAGAAAUUAAAAUAUUUAAUACAUCUUAUAGAAAUAGUAAACAAAGAAUGAAGUACAACUAAGCUACACUCUAUCAUCUAAUGUGGUUUGUCCGUCAUCUAAUUUUGUUAAAUGUUCUAUAUUUUUUUACAACAUAAGUAGGUGAGAAAAACAAUAAGGAUUACUUCCUUAUUUUAAACAUAAGAUAUUCAUGAUUUCUUUUUUAUCCUAUGCUAACAUUAUGUAACCAUAAAUACAUUGUACAUUUUAUAUAUGCAUAAAAUUAUAUUUUUUAUAUAAACAUAA